CCUCCCCGCGCUGUCAAGGGCGUGCGCGCUCCCUGGAAGCGGUGAACGCGAGUUUCGUGCGCGCACCCCGGCGAAGGCGACUGCGGUAACGGACGAGAAAACAAGCAGAGGAGCGGAGACACGGCACUUCAGCCUCCGCAUCACAAGAUCAGUCCACUCAAGAGCGGAAAAAAAACAACAAUAUUCACGCCCUUUUUCCCGGGUGGUGUUGCCGUUGGUGACGACUGUCUGAAGACAUCCUCGGACAUAAACAAAAGGAUGCAGUGUAGCUUCGACUGGUGACCGGCCUGCAGACUUUCCACUUUUCUUAUCCCUUGAGGCAGCGACCUGGGGGCAGAUUCCUGCGUUCCUUGUCCACUCACUCCGAGUCGUUUUGUAGAAGAGAAUAAAUCAAGCAAAAAUUGGCUGCCAUUGGAGUACACAGCCUGUCCUCACCUGUGUUGCUUAGAUCAACACAGAUCCUCUGUCAACGAAGAGGAACCCAGCCGCUGCACGAGAUUUGCCUUUUAUCAACUGAAUUCCCCAGCCCCGCCCACACUGCCCCAUUACCAUGGUGCUGUCACAACGGCAACGAGAUGAACUAAAUCGAGCAAUAGCUGAUUAUCUACGUUCCAACGGAUAUGAAGAGGCGUACUCCACUUUCAAGAAGGAGGCGGAAUUAGACAAUGUGAGUAAAAUAACGAAUGAAGAAUUGGAUAAGAAAUAUGCUGGUCUUUUGGAAAAAAAAUGGACCUCAGUCAUCAGAUUACAAAAGAAGGUAAUGGAACUUGAGUCCAAAUUGAAUGAAGCUAAAGAAGAGAUUACCCUCGGUGGGCCUGUAACUCAGAAGCGAGACCCCAAAGAGUGGAUCCCACGCCCGCCAGAGAGGUACGCGCUGAGCGGGCACCGAAGUCCAGUCACCCGCGUCAUCUUCCAUCCAGUCUUCAGUGUCAUGGUGUCUGCUUCAGAGGAUGCAACAAUAAAGGUGUGGGACUACGAGACAGGAGACUUUGAGCGCACGUUGAAAGGCCACACAGAUUCGGUGCAGGACAUCUCGUUUGACCAGACAGGCAAACUGUUGGCCUCCUGCUCUGCAGACAUGACUAUCAAACUGUGGGACUUCCAAGGCUUUGAGUGCAUCAGGACCAUGCAUGGACAUGACCACAAUGUCUCAUCUGUAGCCAUCAUGCCCAACGGAGAUCACAUUGUUUCUGCCUCAAGGGACAAAACCAUAAAAAUGUGGGAGGUGGCAACCGGUUACUGCGUGAAGACCUUUGCAGGCCAUAGAGAGUGGGUGCGCAUGGUGCGACCCAAUCAGGACGGGACGCUGAUUGCCAGCUGCUCCAAUGACCAGACGGUUCGUGUUUGGGUUGUGGCCACCAAAGAAUGCAAGGCUGAACUACGGGAGCACGAGCACGUGGUGGAGUGCAUCUCCUGGGCGCCAGAGAGCGCCUCUCCCACCAUCCUGGAAGCCACAGGAUCUGAGACCAAGAAGAGUGGAAAGCCUGGUCCAUUCCUGCUGUCUGGCUCCAGAGAUAAAACCAUCAAGAUGUGGGAUGUUAGCACUGGCAUGUGCCUUAUGACCCUGGUUGGACAUGACAACUGGGUGCGUGGCAUCCUCUUCCACCCCGGAGGAAAGUUUAUUGUGAGCUGUGCGGAUGACAAGACCUUAAGGAUCUGGGACUACAAAAACAAGCGCUGCAUGAAAACCCUGUGUGCCCACGAACACUUUGUUACCUCUAUGGAUUUCCAUAAGGCUGCUCCCUUCGUGGUGACUGGAAGUGUAGAUCAAACAGUUAAAGUGUGGGAGUGUCGCUGAUUUGGACCCGACAGAAUUGGACCACUAACAUGUCUACCCAGGCGCAUCUUCUGGAUCCAACAUCCCUCCUGCCAUCUCGACCCCCUUUUACAUUCCAGCUCACCCACUCCGUCGCCGCCUAACUCAAACAAACCCCGCCCCGCCCCGCACAUCUCCGUCACGUCCGGCUGCACUACAGUGGUUACUCACCCGUUGCGCUCUCUGGUCCAAUAACUUUUGUCCUUCUGUGUAAAUUAUUUCUGGAUGUAGAUCGAGCUAUUAAAUGUUACACAAAAAAGUAUUCUUGCAUGGUAACCCAAAAUUGUAUACUGUAAAUUUACAUAAUGUCGUCUAGGAGUACCAUAGGUUUAACAUGGGGGCUGAGCGUCUGUCACGCAGCCCUACUGACCAACCGAAGGCAGGUGUUUUCCACCGGGUCUAAAACGUAGGGCACUAAGAACUGGUAAUUUAAGAAAAUGACAGUGUCUUUCUAUGUUUUGGUUAUUUUGUCUAUUUUUUUAUUAUUAUUAUUAUUAUUUAGGUUUUUUUUUUCUUCUUCUUUAAUUCCUCUCCCUCACUGUCGGAUUGGCUCGGUGAAGAGGUCAUGAUGUGAGGAGACGCCUACUGAGAUAAUCUUUAUAACAUCAAACGUUCAUCUUCAUGUGGAGUCAGUUCAUAUUUUAACGGCUGUAUAUACCAAUGUCUCAAACUGUUGUCCUUGGAAACAGCUUCUGCUAUGGUUAUACAUGGAACCACUGCUAGACUUUUAGAUCAUUUAAAAAUAGGAGGUGUUGUGAGUUGCUACACUAAGCUUAUUGCAGGAAGUCUGAAGUAGAGGGACGCUUGAUUCGAUCAUCCUGGGUCACUGCAGCAUCUGUGCACGCUUAUUGGAUUACAUCGGUUGUGUUUGUUGCUCUUGAUGGGUGACUCACUCAUUUCUGUGGCCUUUUUUAUGCUUUGUUUUUUGAGCUGAAGCCACUUGUUCCAGUUGUUAACCGCUUCACCACAGCUGGGUUUGAAGCGGCACAGGUCAAGAUGCUUAGUGUCCCCAUGGCAACAUAAAAUAAAAGAAGUAGAGCACUGAAACGAGUCUAAAACACAAAUGCAUGAGGAGUCCGAGUUAGUCCCCCCAGGUUUGACAUCUGGGAUGUGCAAAUAUUGUUAAUUUAAAUAAAGUUUUCAGGAGUUUGAUAUAAUAGGAAGUGUAACUUUAGGCUCUCAUGAGUUUUGUCCGUCUCUUCUCAUUGCACUAUAGGGAUAUUUAGUGAGGAAAUGCUGUUAUUUGGAGGUUACUGGAACCUAAAUCCGAAAUAUGACAGUUUUCCUCUAAAUGUUGAGCUUUCGGUGAAGCUGCAACUGCAAAACAGUCAAAAAUAAAUGCAGAGACAUCCGCUCCCCUCUUCCGAAACCAAUAAAAACGUAGCUGGCGAGUUGAUCACUAAAGCUUUAAUAUCUGAGAUACACAUAUUAAAAAUGAUUCUGAUUCCGGCUUGAACCUCUAAUUUUGCCUGUUCAUUCCACUGCAGUUAAUAAAGAACUCUGCCAUAUAACGUCUUCUCUUAGCUUCUUUGCCAUGUCGUCCUCUUCCUGUGUGUCCUGAUGAUCUGCUGCUGUGAGUUUUACCGUGGCCUGCUGGUGUGGCUCCGCUGCAUGUUCACCUGCGUCCGGAGGCAGAGCUGUCAGAAUGGGGUUCUUAUGAAAGCUUCAAAUCUUUCUAUCGGACUAAUCGGUUUGACGACGAAGAGUUUUGUGUGCUUGAAGUAGUUUGGGGGGAUUUGCAAAACUGCCUUUUUUGCUUAGAGCUGGGUGAGGCUUGGAUCGGUCUUCUCUCGCAGUUUGACAACUUCUUCCCAAAGUGUUCAUUUUACGAUAUCUUAAGAUGGCUUAAAUAAAUCCUGACAGUUCUGGAUUUGUCUGAUCUGUUCUGUGUGAUGCUUUUCGAAACGCAAAUGGCAUAGUGGCCCCCAAAAAGAGACAAAUCCUCUCUUUUUAGGGAAUUUUACUGAUGUGUCCCUUUUAUUUUUUUGUUUUGUUUUAAUGAAGUUUUUUUUCUACCCAAGUGUCUGUAAGAAAGACUGGAUAUAACAAAAGCAGUUGAGGAUUUUCUAGUUCAAUUUGGCAUGGCUUACGAAGAUGCCUGUGUGUUUCAAUGUCCUAGCUGAAGCCAAAAACUGGGGACAUUUGUCCACACAAUCGAGAUUAUCCGGAAGUCGGCCUGUUUGUUGGGCCGACGUGACCAACUUUUGAAAACGAAGCAUUUCUCAGGAUCUCCAAGUCGUGGCAGACCACAAGUUUAACAUACUCCCUUGAUUUGACUCGAGGAAGGCGUUUAACCAGAAAUCUGGAUUAUGUAUGCUGCUUGUUUUUGGUAAUAAUUAAGAAAAAAAAAAAAAAUCAGCUUAUGCUGUUUAGCAGAAAGUUUUUGUUUUGCAAGUCCCAAGCAAUCCCUGUGCUGCUGUGGUCUGGUGCGAGAAGGGACUGAUGGGCAGCUCUGACUGUCUGUGCGUCGUUUCCUGUGGCCUCGAGUCUGUCCUCUGUACGCUGCCUGUGAGUCUCAUCCAGCUGCACAACAAGCUCCUGCAGGAGAGCUCAUGAUGUUUUUGCCACUAUGGUCUCACUCUUCACACAGCAAACUGUUAACAAAAAUUCCUGGAUGUCAAUAUUGUUUGCAGUAUAAUAAAAGACGAAAAAUUUG